GUUGAGGGAGAGGGCCUCUGGAAAGGAAGACGCCUAACAACCCCCGCCGCGUCGUCAUCGUCUCAAAGGCAGCUCUUCCCUUCAGCGCCGAGAACGCCGCUGCUUCAGCCUCCUGACGUUCAGUUCGCACUUCAACGGGAGCGAUGUUUCAGGUGAACUUCAAGAUGUUCCUCAUGGAACUGAUCGUCGUGUGGACAAGCGUCGCAAUGGCGGAGGUCAGGUCAUCCGACCCCUUCGUGCAAAUCGAAUCGGCCGUCUCGGAUCCGGUGAGCAACAUCGCCUGGGACGAAAUUGUCUCGAAUCUCCCGCUCGGGAAUCCGGAUACGAUGGACAGUGAUAUACCAGGCGAGCCACUGAGCCCGGAGGAUUUCGAAGCCGCUACGAAUAUGAUUCAUGACACCAUCGACACGGCCGACAGACCGGACCCCAUAGAGCUGGCGGGUCUCUACGAGGGUGACAUAGCCCUCAGCAACCCCCAAGAACUCCAUGACAUGAUGGAUCAGGCUGGACCAGCCAAAACCAGGAACGCCAUCAUCGAUAUGAGCAAACGGUGGCCGAACGGAGUCAUCCCAUACGUCAUCUCCUCUUCUUACAAUUCCAACGAGCGAGCCACCAUCGCCAUGGCCAUGAGGGGUUACCAGGAGAAGACUUGCAUUCGAUUCGUACCUAGAUCUGUCGAGAGGGACUACAUUCACAUCAUCAAAGGUGACGGGUGCUCAAGCGCAGUCGGUCGAACUGGAGGUGCCCAGGCAGUGUCCCUGGGACCAGGAUGCUUGUACGUGGGCAUCGUCAUGCACGAAUUCAUGCACGCCGCCGGUUUCUGGCACGAGCAGUCACGAGCUGACAGGGACAAUUACAUCACGAUCAACACCGUCAACAUUCAGCAAGGCAUGGAAUACAACUUCCAGAAGUACGAGUGGAACAUUAUCCAGAGUCUGGGCGUCGAGUACGAUCUAGGGUCUAUUAUGCACUACGGUCCAUACGCCUUCGCUAGAGAUCGGACGAAGCCUACUAUCAUUCCUCGUGUGACAGGCGCUGAGAUUGGUCAGAGAAGAGCCUUCUCAGAUAAAGACAUUGAGAAGUUGCAGAGCUUGUACAACUGCGCUACCAGUUCAGGGAUUACCGAAGUCGUCACUACUUCUCCCGUGACCAUUGCACCAACAGGAGGUACAUGCGAAGACAAUAACAAGUUCUGUUCCACUUGGUCCUCAAUGGGCGAAUGCGACAAGAACCCCACAUGGAUGAAUUCUAAUUGCGCGAAAUCCUGCAAACAAUGCGGCAAAGAAUGUCCCGACAACAGCGAGCACUGCAACUUCUGGGCGAGCAACGGAGAAUGCCACAAGAACGCCGCAUACAUGAGUCUUUAUUGCAAGAAGUCUUGCGGACUCUGCCACUCUGCCAGCGAAUAUCAAGCGCACAUCUGCGAGGACAAGAACAAGCACUGCCAACAAUGGGCCCAGGACAAUCAGUGCCGCUCCAAUCCUAAUUACAUGUUGCUCUGGUGCAGGAAAUCGUGCAAAGCUUGCUGAAAAUGAACCGUUUUUGUCUGAAGCUUUCGUUUGUGGCCUUUCUUUUGAAGCCGUCUUAUUUUGAAGUAUUUAUUUCGGAACUCUCUCUUGCUGAUUUAAGACAUCUUGUGCACUGUAGAAUGAACUGCGCCUUUCCUUGUCUGGUGGCUGACAAGGUCCUUUCCUCCAAAAUUAAAACUAAUGCAAUGGGUCUCAUUCCAUGGAAAUAAUCACCAUGGUUGUUUGUGUUAACUGUCUCCCUUUACAUAAAGAAAGCAAUAGAAUUGGAAGCUCCAAGCGAUGGAGACUCUUCCCUUGGCGAGUAUGAAGUACUUGCAUUUACAAAGCACCGGAGACCUAAUCCUAGUUUGUACAAUGAGUGACUUGAGAAUUAUUAGUUCCUUAAAUGUGUUACCGUCAUUCACACCUAAAAAAUACAUGACGCACAGCAACGUUGCUUUUAUAAUAUUUCAGUCAACAAAGAAUGACAAAGGAAAAUGUAAAGCAAGUUACAGUAUUGCAAAUGGGUCUUAGCAUGUUGAUUAUUACAGCUGUUCUAACAAUAUUUUCCGGCACUUUGUUGACCCAAAUAUCUGGUUAUCACCAGCGUCGGGACGAGGGUCAGUAAUUGGUCAAACUAUCGCUCUCUGGAUGGGGAUCAGCCCCCCUAAGGUAAUGGUAAAAGUACGUCAACAUUGUCCAGUGUUCCUAGUCUUAUGUUACAAGCCGUGUUAUGUUAUUUAUACAAAUAAAUAAGCAUUAGCAAU